CUGCGCGGUCGCAUAUCAAUCCGUCGACUCAUACAGGUGUCGCGUAAAUAAAAACCGCAAAAAUAGAAAGGAUUCCUCUCGCGGUGGCCGGCGGAUGGUUUCGCCGGCGCGGGCAUUUGGCGACCGGAAUUUUGUGCAAAAUGUACGCACGUUUCCGUCGGUGUUGGUGGUGGUUAUUGUUGUUCGGAUCUUGGGAGGCGGCGGAGUCGGAAAAUGCGACGAAAGUGAGCUACUUGGACGCACAGUUUAGUUGCGCCAGGCUCGGGUUCGCUUGCGGCGAACCGAGGCCCUAUUCCGUACGCCUGAAGGAUUUGGUGGGGAACGCGGGUACGGUCCUGGAAGGCGACAGGUGGAUGGUGGUUCUCAGAUGCAGCCCAGACCGCGGAUGUUGUCGAGGCCGAAACAAACAGUGUUGCCCCGACAAGGUCGAAACGUUCGAGCUGGAAUACAACGUGCGGUCCAAUUUAGGCAUCACGCAAAUCUUCACGACCGCUACCCGCAAGAUGCAGAACCAUCUGGUGUGUAAAUGCAAAACCGUCGUCGACGAACGCCGGGGAUGUCCGACGGUCGCCGUGUCUUAGCGCGGCAAUUUAGACUUUUUCCGUAAUAGUAGUCUGUGAUAAAUUUAUUUAAGGCAUUUUAAGGCAUUAUAUAAUGUCAUCGAUUUUUAUGUUUCAAUAAAUUACAUCAUUACAAAAUGGAUGAGAAAUUUCGUCUGGUAAUUGAACUUUUUAAAGUUAAUAGCGCGGUUCUAAGUGUAAAUGUCUGUUAUGGGUGCAAAUUUAAAUAACUAUCACAAUAACUAAACUGUUUUAUAUGAUUUAUUUAUUAAUCGUUUAAUUAAUGAACUGAACCAAACAAUAUUACCAAUAUGGCGGCUAUUGUGUGUUUAGCAACUAAACUUUUAAUUCAUUGACGCAAAAAGAUUAGAGUAUUAGGACAAUUUGAGGUCCGCUCCUUAACAAAAAUAAUCUUUGUAAAAGUAAAAUGAUUAGCUUGAUUGAAUUUAAAAGAUUAUUAACUUCUAUCAAAAUUA